UAGAAAACAGCGGCGGGAAAAAGUACGAGCGACAAUUCUAAGGCUAUCCAAGCAAGGAAAUGACGUAAGGAAAUCUGUCACCACAGGCCUUGCCUUUAUAAAAAUCUCCAAACCAUGGCGUCUAUAUAUAUAUUAUAUUAUAUCCUUACCCUUUUUGAGAAAGACGUUGCAACACUUCACUCUAAAAUGGAAACUUACAGCAAAACGUCGGUGGUUUUGGCGGUGGCGGCGGUGGCCGUGACGGCGUGGCUGUGGAGGGUGGUGAACUGGCUGUGGAUCAAGCCCAAGCGGCUGGAGGGACACCUGAGGAGCCAAGGCUUCGACGGCCGGCCGUACCGGUUUCUGAAGGGAGAUCUGAAGGAAGCCCUGGAGAUGCUGAAGGAAGCUCAGGCGAGGGAAUUGGACGUCGCCGACGACGCCGCCCUCCGCGUCUUCCCUUUCCCUUACUACACCGUCAAGAAUUACGGGAAGAAAUCGUUCACAUGGUUUGGACCCGUGCCAAGGGUGCACAUCAUGAAUCCCGACCACAUAAAAGAAGUGCUCACCAAAAUUGACGAGUACCCAAAGUUGAAGGGCAACCCACUGACGAGGCUGCUGGUGACGGGGCUCGCAAGCUACAACGGCGACAAAUGGGCACAGCACAGGAAAAUCCUCAACCCUGCAUUCCAUCAGGAGAAGCUCAAGUUGAUGUUGCCAGUUUUCUAUAGAAGCUCUAGAGAGAUGGUUGAUGAGUGGGAGAGGGAGGUGAUGAAGUCCAAGGGAAAUGAGACUUGUGAACUGGAUGUGUGGCCUUACCUACAGAGCAUGACAUGUGAUGUAAUUUCGAGAACGUCAUUUGGAAGCAGUUACAAAGAAGGUGCAAAAACUUUCCAACUGCUCAGAGAAAUGGCCACUCUUAUCAUGCAGAUUGUCCGACAAGUUUAUAUACCAGGAUGGAGGUUCCUACCAACCAAAACAAACACGAGGAUGAAACGAGCAUACAAGGAGAUCCAGGAAGCAAUUCAGGGGAUCAUCAACAAGAGAGAGAAGGCGAUGAGGACGGGCGAGAUCGUCUCCAACGACGACCUGCUCGGUCUGAUGAUGGAAUCCAACAACAACAACAACCACCACAAUGGCAAGAACGGGAUGAUGACACUGGAGGACGUGAUCGAGGAAUGCAAGUUGUUCUAUUUCGCGGGCCAGGAGACCACCUCCACACUUCUGGUGUGGACGAUGGUCCUUCUCAGCAAGUACCCCGCGUGGCAAGAACGUGCGAGACACGAGGUCUUGCACGUCCUUGGCACCGACAACGAGGUCAAUGCCACCACCCUCGAUUCGAGCGCCCUGGGCCAGCUCAAGACCAUGACCAUGAUCAUGCACGAGGUCAUGAGGCUGUAUCCUCCAGUGAUGCAGAUGACUCGAGCUGUCGAGAGAGAUACGAAGAUGGGUGAUUUCGUUCUGCCGGCGGGGACACAGUUGGCCCUGCCGACGAUCCUCGUCCACAAGGACCCCGAGAUCUGGGGGGACGACGUGGCGGAGUUCAGGCCGGAGAGGUUCGCCGACGGGGUUUCGAAGGCGACGAGGAGUCACAACCAACAGGGUGCUUACUUCCCCUUUGGCUGGGGUCCUCGAAUCUGCAUCGGCCAGAAUUUUGCUCUCAUGGAGGCCAAGAUUGCUUUGGCGAUCAUAUUGAAGAGGUUUUCGUUUGAGCUUUCGCCGUCCUAUGUUCAUGCUCCAUCCCCCGAGGCUCCCAUACUUCAGCCACAGUUUGGUGCUCGACUCAUCCUCCAUAAGCUUUGAACAUAAACCUGUUGCCUGUAUGCUGAUUGUGAGCUAUAUGUUACUGAGAAAUAAAGUGGACGACUUUUGGCGACCCUAUUUAGAAGCGUUUCGGUGACCCGUAAACAUGAAUGCACAUCUUUUAAACUUUACAAUGCGAUUUUGAGUACAUUUCUUACAAAGCAGCAUUUGCGUUUGACUUCAUCA